ACGAAUUAAGGCGGCGGCAUUAGGCGCCUCUUAUCGUGUUCUCGCGAGCUGGUGGAGGAGCAAAAAGAAAGAGCGCGGGAUGAAUGACGGGCCUGACGUUAAGCCGACCAAGUUAAGUAGUAAUCCGGUGCAUCUCGAGACGACUGGUGUAUGUCGCGCAGCAUCCCAUCCAGAAACAUGACACACGUCGAACUUCUGGUUCUUUCGACCAUCCUCCUCGCCUGGUCAGCCUGUGCAUAUCCGGAAGGUACGUUGCUAAACGACAACACGCGGGCGUCGAUCAUCGAGACGGUGGUGGAACGCGAACCGGCGACUUUCAAGCUGUACACCAGAGAGAACCCGUUUGGCGAAGAGCAAUUGUUCCUAAAUAAUACCGAAGUGUUGUACGCAUCGCACUUCAACGAAAGCAGACCGACCAAGUUCAUCGUUCACGGAUUCAGCGAUACCGGGAACGAGGGCUGGAUACGUGAUCUAAUAGAUGCGUAUCUGCUUUAUCAGGAUGUGAACGUGAUAGUCGUCGGUUGGGGGAUUUUGGCGUCCGACGCCUAUCCGGUAGCAGCUAAGAAUACGCGUCUCGUCGGUGAGUAUUUAGGUCAAUUCCUGGAGUUCUUGAAUCGAGAUUCGAAUCUGGAAUAUAAGGAUGUGCACAUCAGUGGUCACAGCCUGGGUUCUUAUGUGGCGGGCUUCGCCGGAGCUUAUCAUGAAGGACGUAUUGGGAGAAUAACAGGAUUGGAUCCUGCGAGUCCUCUGUUCGAGACCAUCUCUGGCAUCGUUGAUCCGGAGUAUCGAUUGGAUCCAACCGAUGCUCAAUUUGUUGAUGUGAUUCAUACUAGCGGUCCGGUGUUUGGAUUCUUAGCGCCAUUAGGACAUGCUGAUUUUUAUCCUAACAAUGGCAAGAUCCCACAACCUGGAUGCUCUUUCGUACCAACGAUAACUUAUUGCAGUCAUUCGAGGGCGCAUCAACUUAUGACUGAAAGUAUCGGCAGCACGGUGGGCUUCAAAGCAAGAAUGUGCGAGAGCUGGGAAAAAUACAAGGAGCGACUUUGCGAUUACAAUCCAGUCGUUUUGAUGGGCGAAUACGCCUCUACCUCAUUGCGUGGCAAAUUUUAUCUGUCGACCAACGACGCACCUCCCUUCGCAUUACAGUGAACUUUCUGAAUAUCGAUCUUGUUGGAUUUCGAUUUAAGAAUUUGCGAAAUCACGAUUACGCCUUGAGCGGCGAUCACGCAAUAAUCUGUACUAGUCAUUGAUAAGUUACUUUAUUUAUAAAACUCUUCGAGAUUCUGAGCGCGAAUGUACCGAAUAUACAUACAUCGAGUCAGAAUGUAUCUUUAAUAUACCUCAAUGCCACAUAUUCAUU